CAGACAACGACAAGCGCAUCUUUCUUGUCAAGAACGCGAUGAAGAGCGUUGUACUAGCUGUAAUCGCGCUGUGGGCGUCGUGGGCACAUGCUCAGACAUUGACUGUCACAAAUAUCGCCGGCGCUACAGUCGUGGAAGUCGUUACGACAAACCCUGUUAAUGGUCUUGCUACAACACAAACACUGCAAACCUUGACUACGAACUCUCUUACCACAAAUACCCUCUCAACUCCUACUACCACUGGGCCACUCCAAACUAUAGCAACUACUUCGACUACACAGAAUCAAGGCCCUGUAGAACAACCCGGAACAACAGUCUUAACACCAGGGGGACCUACCCCAUACACUUAUACCACAACAAACGCAGCUGGCUCCACAGUCGCCGUGUUAGCAACCUUCACACCUACAGGGCCUGCCACUGUAUUACCAACUCCAACAACUACCGGCACAGUCCUCAACUACUCAUCGUAUGUGGCUUCAGUCGGGACAGGCACAGCAGCAACGUCUGGUGCAACCCGCCGGGCAUUUUCACUCUCCAGCGGUUGGUAUGGACUGGUAGCAAGCACGAUGCUUGGCAUCGGUGGUGGUGCAUACUUCAUAAUGUUAUAAGGCGUACGUUUUAUACCGAUGUGAGGCAAAGGACAGUCGUAAAUGGACUUUUGAUGUGCGAUGAUCACAUCAACUUCAUGGCUGCUGUGUCGCCUAGUCACUACAUAGACACUCGUUACAUGUUAUCUCGGGUUACUUUAGUUACUCUGGAGCCUGUUGUCCCCUUGGUCUAUCGACAACAGUACUUAUUCAGCUUGAUACCACUGUUUGGACCCUUGCAAUGUCAUUUCAUUAAAUGAAAUCCCUGUGUAGUAGUUACUAGUAA